ACUACCUCUCUCUCUCCUACCGCCUCUGCGUCCCAUUCAUGCAAAGCCUGCACACAGGUCUCUACGCGAACAGCACACCUCAACUCACAGCACCAAAACGUCGCCUCAAAGUCGCGGUCUGAUUGAAACGAAACCAUGGACCAAAUGUCAGGUUUCCGCGUCGCGGCAAAACUCGAAAAGAAAAAAUUACUCUUUGCGAUAAAUUCCGUCGCUGCGCUUUCGAUUUUCUUUUUCGGAUAUGAUCAAGGAAUGAUGGGCGGCGUCAACAACGCCCGCGACUACAUCGACCUCAUGAAAUUCGGCUACGUCGACUCCAACAACGACCCGGUCGUAACCAACUCCUUACUGCAAGGCGGAAUCGUCUCGGUCUACUAUCUCGGCACGCUGUGCGGCUGUCUCCUCGGCGGCUGGGUCGGGGAUCAAGUCGGACGGAUCAAAACGAUCGCGCUAGGAAGUGUGUGGGCGAUUCUCGGCGCAAGUCUCCAAUGUUCCGCACAAAAUUCGAAUUGGAUGAUUUGUGCACGUUUCGUGAAUGGGAUUGGCACAGGGAUUUUGAAUGCGAUUGUGCCCGUUUGGGCUACGGAGACGGCGGAACAUACGAGUCGGGGACAGUUUAUCGCGAUUGAAUUUACUUUGAAUAUCUUUGGGGUCGUGGUUGCGUAUUGGUUGGAGUAUGGACUUAGUUUUAUCGAUGGUGGGAGGAGUCCGAUGCGAUGGAGAUUUCCGGUUGCGUUUCAGAUUAUUCCGUUGCUGGUGUUGUUGGUGGCGGUAUGGCCGUUUCCCGAGAGUCCGAGGUGGUUGGUGAAAGUGGGUAGGGAGAAGGAGGCGAGGUAUAUUCUUGGGAGAUUGAGAGGGGAGGAUGCCGAGGGAGCGAUCAAGGCUGAUAAUGAGUUUCAUGAUAUUAAGAAUAUUGUGAUUCAUGAGCGGAAGACGGCGAAGAGGAAUAGUUAUUUUAGUAUGUUGUUCGGGCUUGGAGCAGGCAAGUUGCAUACGGCGAGGAGAGUGCAGCUUGUGGUUUGGUUGCAGAUUAUGCAGGAGUGGAUUGGCAUUGCUGGUGUUACGAUUUAUGCGCCGACGAUUUUUCGGAUUGCGGGCUUCAGCAGCGAAAAGUCCCAAUGGAUUUCUGGUCUGAACAACAUCUUCUACAUGUUCAGUACCCUCAUCUGCGUCUUCACACUCGAUCGAAUUGGUCGACGAUGGACGCUGUACUGGGGUUCAGUCGGAAUGGGGAUUGCCAUGUUUCUUGCUGGCGGAAUGUCUCGUGGUGGUAUAGAUGCGCGAGCAGCCGGCAACGACAGUGCAGCUACCUCAUAUGGUAUCGCUGCUGCCUCCUUUGUCUUCAUUUUCACCUCAGUCUUCGGAGCAACCUGGUUGACCGUCCCUUGGCUCUAUCCGGCCGAAAUCUUUCCUCUCGAAGUCAGAGCGAAAGGCAACGCAUGGGGUGUCGUCGGCUGGUCAAUCGGCAACGGCUGGCUAACGUUGUUGUGCCCUGUCAUGUUCGACUCGAUUGGCGAAAAGACGUUGUACAUUUUCGGUGCUUGCAAUAUCAUCACGAUUCCCAUGGUAUGGGCUUUCUACCCAGAAACCAACCAAAGAACUCUGGAAGAAAUGGACCUCGUGUUCGCGGCUGAUAGCCCGUGGGUGUGGGACGCCGAGAAGAACUUUAAGCGUUUGAAGGAAGAGAAUCCCGAUCUCGUGAGUGCGGCUAGUCGUGGAAACAGUGUUGUUGAUGCAGAACAUGGCAUAUCUCGGGCGACUGAGACACACGAGGUCGUGCAUGAGGAGCCGAAGAUAGCGAAAGAAUAGCCGGGCUGAUGGUUGGUGUCAUGCAUAUCUAGAAACACAAUCAGCAGCACGACUCUUCAUCUCGAGGGGGAACAGGCUCUAGCAAGAGUCCUGCAUCUGCUUUGUUAUAGAGACCUCAACUCGGUUGCUCGCUUGCAAGUUCAACCUUGCCACUUCUUAUCU